AUGGCUACGAGGCCAGUGGCGGGUGCAGCGGCGGCCGCGAGGGCGCCCGCCUCCACCGCCGCCAGCACGGUGCUGAGCGAGCUGGAGCGGCGUUAUCGCAAGUGGCGGCUGCGAAACCUCAACUACAGCCGCCUGCUGGCCUUCCUGUCCUUCAUCGCGCUCCUGCUGGGCGUGCUCUUCCUGCAGCGCAGCUCCGGCAGCAGCUACCAGGCUAGUGUCCACAGCACGCUGGCAGGAGGCUUGCUGCCCGAGGGCGCCAUCCGCUCUGUGGAUGAUGUCUACGACUGGCUCAGAGCUCUGCUGACAAUGGUGUGGCGCGACCCAGUGUGCGGCGACGGCGUGUGCGAGAGCCCUUUUGAGCAUGCCCAGUAUGGACGGUUUGGCUGUCGCGCCGACUGCGGGCGGCUGGAGGACAUCCAGAACCUGACCGCUGUCCAGAUCGACCUUCGCUACGACUUCACCCACCCCGCCGGCUCCAUCCCAGCCACCGAGCUGCAGCGGCAGGCCAGCUGGAACCUGUGCCCGGCGGGGGACAGCAGCGGCUGCUACUGGGAGAAGGACCACGCGUUUGAGCAGCUGGCGGGCAGCACCAGCAUCGUGGUGCCCGACGUGCCAGAUGGCGAGUGGGCGCUGGUGCUCAAGCGCGACAUCUUUUCCAAGGUGGUGGGCAGCGUGCGCAGCGUGCAGCUGCUGGAGCAGCAGGCGCAGGUCGCCAAGGUGGCCAUUGCGCUGGGGGCGGCCGCCGCGCAGCGCGCCAUCGAGUGGCAGGAGCUGGAGGAGGUGGUGGAGCAGGGAAGCGUGGGAGUGCAGGCACUGUUGAAUGCCACCCUGGUGCAGCAGUAUGCCACACAGCUGGCAGAGGCGGAGGCCCUGCUGAGCAGCGGGGCGCUGGAUGCCGAGGGCUAUGCGGCAGAGCAGGCGUACCUGCAGGAGCAGCUGGACCAUGCACUGGCGGAACUGUCGCUUGCUGCCACCUCCUGCCCAAAGCUGCCCUUCUACCAUGCAGACGCGGAUGCCUCCAUCGCACCCUCUCUCGAGCUGUGCGACAUGCUUGCAAACCUCACGCAGCUCGCAGGCGGCGAGCAGCUGGACAGCCUGAUCAGCCUGCUGACGGCACGCCUGCCGGCAGCAAGCGCAGCCUCAGAGGAAGCGCUGAUUGCGGGUCUGGCGCAGCUGCAGGUGCAGACGCCAGAGCUGUAUGCUGUUGUUGACGCCAGCCGGGGGCAGAACGCCUCGCAGCCAGCAACAGCCACGCCCCGCAUCCUGGCAGCUUUCUAUGCGGACCCGUGGGCUGCGCCUGCGCCCGCCAAGUCAGCGCUGGCCAGCCGCAUGAUCAGCGCUCCGGGCGUGACGGCGGCGGUGCUGGUAGCGCGAGCCGAGGCGCGCAUGCAGGAGCUGGAGGAUGCUGAGGCUGUGGUGCAGGGGCUGCCGGAAGUGCAGCAGGCGCUCAACCUCACUCAGCCUGGCAGCGAGCUGCCCUACGACUACACUACCUGGGCUGGCGGCAGCGCCGCCUACGCCACAUGCAACCUCGCCAGCCGCAUGCCACAGUACAUCGGGCAGUGCGCAUUGCUCGUGCCAUGCACCAACAGCAGCGCUCCUGACGCCAGCGGCGAACUGCAAGUUGUGUACGCCUGCGCUGCCAGCGAUCCGCUGCUGCCCACCAGCGAUGCCUGUGGCGAUCUGUGCGACACGCAGAACAUCUGUGGCUCCAUCUGCGAGUGCUACCCGGCAUGCGGAGCAGGCCAGGUGUGCCAGUGUGAUGCAUGCCUGAAGGUUGGCAGCGCGCGGAGUGACCCUGAUUUCCUGGCCAUGAGGGCUGCGGCAGGCCUGGCAAGCGUUGAAAGCGUCGGGGAUUGGGAGGGAAUGGACAGCUUGGACCUUGAUUACUUUCAGAGGGACGAGGAGGCACAGCAAUUUGACACUGGAGGCGGUGAUGCCGGCAGCAGCAGCGGGCGCAGCGGCGGCUACAGGCGUCGCCUGCAGCAGGGCCCCGACGCCAUGCUGCAAACGGUGCUGGAUGCGGUGAGCACGCUGCAAGACAGCCAGGAGGCGCUGCAACAGCAGGUGCAGGCAUUACAGACGGCGGUGGGGGAUGCCGCCGCCGCCGCGCAGGAUACCAGCCUGCAGGCGCUGGUAGCUGCAGGGCAGGAGCAGAUUGUGAGCGGCCAGGUGGCCAUCCAGGACCUGCUGGGCGAGGUGCUGGGCAAGCAGACGGCGGCGGCGGCGGCGGCCGCCGCUCAGAUGCAGGCACUGGCCAACCUGCAGAGCCUGCAGCAGCAGCAACUGGCUGCACAGGCCCAGCUGGAGCAGUCUGCCAAGGACCAGACAAGGGGGAUUGCGCAGGCGCUGCAGCAGGCACUGCUGUCCUCCAGCCAAGCGCUGGAGCUGUACCGUCGAGUGCGGCUGCAGACCCUGGUGGCCACCAAGGCAGCUGUGCUGGCGUCAGUACCUUGCACCACCAGCACCACAACAGAGUACAGCUUCAGCAUCGACCAGAACCCGGAUAUCGUGAUUGACACCUCCCGAGAGCGGUACAUCGGCACCAGCAACCGAGUCAUCGCCGGCCUGCUGCUGUUCAACCAGCGCGGCCUGCCAUCCGCCUGCUCCAACGCCCGCUUUGCCGCCAUUGGCGGCGGGUGCAAGAGGGGCCUGGACAGCGAGCCCUAUGGCGUGGACCCUGUGUUCAAAAUGGGCACCUCCCUGUACAACCCCGACCUCCUGGGCGGUGUGACCGCCCGCUACAACUGCUCCCUGCUGCCGCAGCCGACCUACAACGUCGAGGUGGAGGGCUCGCCCGGCGUGGCGCCCCAGGUCACCAACCCGCCGCCCUACUGCGCCGAGCUGUACAGCCCCCGCAGCCUGCCCUACGGCUUCCACGCCUCCUCCCUGAACCAGUUUGGGGAGGGCUUCCCGAUGCUGUUCGACAUCAACCUGGAUGCCCACAGCGCCCUCGCCUGGCUGUCCUUCAUCCAGGAGGGCCUGUUCCUGGACAGCCGCACGCAGCGCCUGCUGGCGCAGGUGGUCACCUACAACGCCCAGCUGCGCCUCUUCUCAUCCGCCAUCGUGUCCUUCGAGUUUGUUAAGGGUGGCUCGGUGCAGGUCACCCAGAAGAUCCAGACCCUGCGCGUGGAGCUGUAUGCCACCCGCCUGGACGCCCUCCGCCUGGUGCUGGAGGUGGCGCUGACGCUCUGCGUGGCCGUCAUGGCAGGCAGCGAGCUGCGGGGCAUGUACCGGGUGGCGCGCGCGACUGGCAACCCGCUGUCCUACUUCACCAGCGGCUGGCAUGCCAUGGACUGCGCCAGCACCGGCCUGCUGGUGGCGUGCGUCACGAUGUGGUGGGUGCUCGUCUGGCGCCACGCCCUGCCAUUCACCAUCGGCCUGCGCUUCAACGUGUAUGCCGACCUGGGGGCAGACGCAGCCUUGCUGGCGCUGGCAGACGGCGGCGCGGGCCUGCAGGAGAUGCACGCAGCCUUCAGCAGGCUGCAGGGCCUGUCGGACAAGCUGGCGUGGUAUGCGGCGCUGACCGGCAUCAACCUCCUCAUGCUCAUCGCACGCCUGCUCCAGCUGCUGGACUUCCAGCCCCGGCUGGGUGUGGUGACCCGCUCCCUGGCGCACGCCGGCCCCGACCUGCUGCACUUUGGGCUCGUGUUUGGCCUGGUCUUCAUCGGCUACGCGAUGCUUGCGCACCUCAUUUUCGGCAACUCAAUCGCAGGCUUCAGCUCGUUUGGCGGCUCUGUCAACACCUGCUUUGCCCUGCUGCUGGGCGACACGUCGGUCAACUCCGACCUGCAAGCCUUGAGUGGGCUGCAAGCGGUUGCGGGGGCGGCAUUCUUCUGGGCGUUUGAGAUCCUGGUCUUCCUGGUGCUGCUCAACUUCCUGCUGGCAAUCUGUGUGGAUGCCUUUGGCCAGGUCAAGGAGCGCACCACAGACACCACGGGCCUGCACACAGAGGUGGCGCAGAUGCUGCGGCACGCCUACCAUUCCGCCACCAGCCGCUUCAGCCAGGACCGCAUCAGCGACGUGGAGCUGUCCAAGCUGCUGCGCUGGUGGCAGGACAGCGAGCGCGGCGUGGCCGACGUCAGUGAUGAUGGCGUGGCGGGCGAGGGCGAGGCGCUGCUGAAGGACAAGGUGCGGCCCAAGACGCUCGUGGUGGACGGACGGGGGGUGCAGGAGGAGGAGCUCAGGACCAUCCUGCAGGCUUAUAUGCUGGAGGAGGAGCAGGAGAGCGACAUUGAAGCCUCGCGCACACAGCCCAGAGGCGCAGCCCGCCUGAUGAGCAGCCUGGGUCUCAAGCGGCAGCCCAGCCUCGCCCAGAAGCCCGUCAAACCGCCCGUGCCUGACCUGGGCAAGGUGGCGCACUAUGUAAUGCUGCGGUUUGGGGACGAGGAGCUGCUGGUGCAGCCGCCGGAGCAGGAGCGGCACUCGGGCGAUGGCAGCAGGCGGCACAGUGGGCAGCACAACCACAAGCUGGAGCAGCCGCCGCCUCACGACGGCAGGGCAGCAGCGCCACACUCGCUUCCCACCACGCCCGAUACCAUGCAGCAUGCCAGCGACUUUCGCAUCUCUGCACACCGUGGCACAGCUGGCCCCGCCAGCAGCUCUGUCUCCGUCACCGCUGCUGCCGCUGCUGGCAUCCUGGCACCCGGUUCUGGCUCAAAAGCCUGCCCAACGCAGGAGAUUGUCCAUGCGGGUGGUGGCGAGACCAGCAACGGCCAGCGGCUCGCGCGCGCCAUGAGGACAGAGACCGAGCAGCGCGGCGCGGCAGACGCUUCUGUGUCGCUGCUGCAGCUGCAGGGCAUGCUGUCAGAGGCGCAGCAGCGGCUGCUCCAGGGCCUGCAGCAGCUGGCGGCGCAGCAGGUGGCCGUGCUGGAGGCACCCACCCGGCGCGCGAAUGCGGCUGAGCGACUCGUUGGAGGAGGAGACCUGAUUGGUACUGCAGCUGCGGCGACACUGGUUGACCAGACGUUGCCACGUUUGGUGGGGUUUGUGUCCCGCAUCGUUUCUAGGACCGCCAAUCGGAAAUGUUGCCCAUGCGAUUGUAAAAAGUCAAAACGACCAGCCCCGGCCAUUUCACGUGGUUACAGCCCCAGUGAAGGCACCACGCCAACCAUCCACUCGGUCAUCAUGCCCUCCGUUCCGGGCCAGGAGGCCUUCCCCAGCGCCUUCACAGCCGUCUGCAGGCUGUUUGAGGGAGUGCGGGCGCUGCAGUGGAGCGCGCGAAGGAGCCUCCGCCGCGGCAUCGCCGCCGCUCUCUGCCAUCCCGAGGAUGUUGCCCCCUCCUUCCUCAUCACCUUCCCCACCUUCUCCAACAGCCGGCAGGAGGACCUGUCAGCGCGGCUGCAGGAGGCGGUGGCGGCGCUGGAGGCCUCUGCCGCCGAGCUGCAGGCGACGAAGGAGGCGGCGACGGCGCACCACUCCCGCCUGCAGCGGCAGCUGGAGGAGCGGGAGGCGGUGAUUGGGCAGCUGGCGCGCAACCGCGACAGCGCCCUGGCCGACCGGCUGGCCGCCUCCCAGCAGGAGUGCAAGCGCGCUCAGCGCCGGUGCGCGCGCGUGGCGGAGGGCCUGGGCGGCGUCAGGCAGCAGUAUGCCCGGCUGGUGGAGGGUGCGCACCACGCCAUCGUCGAGAUAGAGGAGAACCGCGAUGAGCCGUGCACCUGCUGCGGCGGCAGCAUUGCCUCUGCCGCCGCCCUGGCCGCCUUCCGCGAGACCGUUUCCCUGGCCACGGCGCACGAGCAGGCGGUGCACUGGCGGCAGAAGGCGCUGGACAGCGAGAUUGAGCUGGUGGACUGCCAGGACUCGCUGGACAAUGCGUGGGAGCAGGUGGACCGUCUGGGCGAGCAGCUGAAGCGCCGGGAGGCGGCGGUGUUCCACGCCGAGCGGUGCGCGCAGCAGGCGGAGGAGGCGCUGCAGCAGGAGCGCGCCGCCCACCUGCUCACCCAGCAGCUGCUCAAGCAGGCAAGUGGCGGGCGCGGCAGGGGCGCGGCGCAGCCUGCCUGGCUUCUUUGGGGGGCCCAGGAACAGGAUGCACCCUCCGCCUUCCCCGCCCUCCCCCGCCACUCCUCCUGCGGCAGCUAUGACGCCUCAUCCGACAGCGACGCCAACGAAGAGGAGGAGCCUGCUGCUGGCGCUGCGCAGGCCGAGCGCAUCCUCGCCUGCUGGGCACCUGCAACCGCGCUGGUGGCAGUCGUGGAGCCGGAUGCGCCUGCACCAGAGCCGGCGCGGCCGCACCACAGGCGCACCCGCAGCAUGGUGCUGAGCUGA